CUUUGUGUUCUGUAGUCAGUCUGCGCUUGCAAAGUAUAGGGGACAGAUGAUGGUAAUGGGAGUGCGUGCUACUAAGCGGCUUGUUUGGUGGAUAUAUAAAAGUAAGACAACGAACAGUUCUUCUAAAGAUAUUGUAAGACUUUAAUGACUGCACAUAACCAAAGCAAGAUGUGGUGCUUAGUGAGUCAACCUAAUGCUGUGAUAUUGGAGGUGGAGGUAGAUCCCAAGGCGAGGGGACAGGAAUGUCUCGAAAAGGUGUGCCAGUACCUUGGCAUUGGUAACGAGGCUGAUUAUUUUGGACUGAAGUACCACUGCUCUAAAGGGGAAGAACUGUGGUUAAAUCUUCGUAAUCCUAUUGAGAGACAAGUGGGAGGUGUUCCUCCAUACCGUUUUGCUCUCAGAGUAAAAUUUUGGGUGCCUCCACACCUUUUGCUGCAAGACACAACCAGGCAUCAGUUUUAUCUUCAUUCCCGGUUGGAUCUUUUGGAGGGCCGCCUGAAGGUUCCAGAUUCAUUAGUAGCUGCUAAAUUGGCAGCUUGGAUGGCACAGGCAGAAUCUGGUGAUUAUGAUCCUCAGUCGUGUCCCCAAAGCGUUUACGCCCAAUACUGCCAGCUAGGUGGUGUCAAUACCUCGAGGCCCCAAGACUUUAUUCAGAUGAUUGCUGCACAGCAUCGUGAACUUAAGGGCAAUAAGCAGUCGGCAGCUGAGUACUGGCUCCUCAAGGAGGUGUCUUAUCUUGAAGAUUUUGGUGAGGAGGUAUUUCAAACAAAAACGAGCAAUGGUGGAAGAUGCAGUCUCGGAGUUGGUCCACACGGGCUCAGUGUAUAUCAUCCAGAUUCAACAAAACAAAGCAUACCAUACACAGCCAUCCAAAGUGCUGCCUCACAGCGACGUUCUUUCCAUCUUCUGUACCUAGAUCUUGACAGCAAUGAGGCAACACUUGAUCUGAAACUGGAAACAUCACAGGCAGCGAGUGGUCUGUACCGUGCUAUCACCGAAAAGCAUGCCUUCUAUAGUUGUGAGACAGUACGCAGUGCAGUUACAGCUCAAUUCAUAAGGGAUUUAAAGGGCACAAUUGUGUCCAUAUUUAAUGAGGAUACUUCUCUUGGGAAGAAAUACGUGUUUGACAUACGACGUACCUGCAGAGAAGUCUAUGACAAUGCAAGGAGGGCAUUGUAUCAGUCUGCAAGUUCAACUUUUCCCCCACCAGAGGAAAGUCCAGAGCAGCAGAUACACAAUACUCCAGAACAGUGUGACAACUGUGUAGAUGAAAAAUGCAAGUCAUCACAGCGGAAGUUUGCGCGGUUGCUGGAAGCAAUGUCUUGCCGUAUCUGCAUGGACAGGGGCAUUGAUACUGCAUUUUUUCCCUGUGCACAUGUUAUAGCAUGUAGUGAAUGUGCUGCCCGUUGUGAUCGCUGCCCACUUUGCCGUGCAGAAAUAGAUCAAGCGAAGAGGAUUUACUUGCCCGUAGAACUGCAACAGCUUCCAACCUGUUAGAAUAAAUCGACAAUACUCUUUCGUUAAAGUGUGCUCUCAGAUGUGAUGCUCUUGGACCAUACACCCUGCAUGUGAUGGGCAAUGUGUAAUUGUGAAAGAACACAAGUUGUACACGUGCAGUUACAUUCCUGUUAAUUUUAAUCACUCCUGAAAGUUAGUGUCUUUAUAGUGCCUGUAAUCUACAUAAACAUGAUCACCUGAAGCAUUUACAAAAGGGAUAAAAGAAUGUUGUGCAGUGUGGAUAUAAAAUGACAGUUUUAGGACGUGAAGUGUAAAACUGUAUGCCUUAAACAUGCAGUUUAAUGAAGGUGAACUGCCAAAAAACUAAUAGUAAUAGUUUUAAAACAUGACUGGUGAUAUUUCAGACUGACAGUAGUGACAGGAUGUUAUAUGCAAAGUGAAAAACAGUACAGAAUGUGCUGCAGCCUCUAAUAAAUUAAACAAAUUAAGUAGAAUGUGUGUAAAGUUAAAAGCACUGGUGAUGUGCUAUGAGCAGCUCUUCAGAAAAAAUAUUUUAAAAUAUUUAACAUUGCUCCAAGUGAUUUAAAUUUACACUGCAAAGGGCAAGUUUGAGUAUUCAUAUCUCAGGGACACAAGCUGCAACUUGGAAUCUGUAUCUGUUAAUGAAUGCAAGUACUGUCGGAUUCCUUUUAGGAAAAUGUGUAAAGUUAAUUUCAGUAUUGUGCAUAACCAUUUUAUACUUUCUUGCCUCGUUAAAAAAACUGAACUGACAGCAUUUAUAGUACCUGAUUGUGCGUAUCCAUGCACUUAAUUGAAAGUAAAACUUUACAUUGUCCUCAGAAAAUAUUUUACUCUGAAGUGGCAAAGAAAUUUUGAAUAAUGAAUGGUUUAAAUGGAAAUUAAAAUCUUAAAAAUGUAAACAUUUCCUUAUUACUAAAUACAAAACAGUUGUACUGUAUGUGGAGUAAUUCUUUACACCUUAAUGUGUUACGUGAUACUGAGGGGCAAUAGAAAGAUACAAAUGUCAGUUCAGUUUUAAUUAUUUGCAAAUAUAAAAAACGACUAAAAUUUAUAGAAAGUGCUUAGCAGUGUCCUGUCAAGCAGUUUUGUUCGCAGAAAAUUACAGUAUUAUAGAUGUAACAUUUUUCUUCUGUACAGUGGAGGACAAUAAUGGAAGUGAUAACUAUUUAAUUGUAACAUUUUAUAAGAGGAAUAGUGUGUGUGUGUGUGUGUGUGUGUGUGUGUGUGUGUGUGUGUGUGUGUAAUUUUUUACAUUGUAGGGAAUAAUCAGAAGAAAAAUGUUUCCUCCUCAAAUAUAUGGAAUUAGGUAAGGGAAAAAUAUCAAUGCAAUGCCAGAAUAAAAAUCAAUGCAAUUAUCUUUGUAAGGCAACCUGUAUAUUAAAAUUGUCGCUUCAGCGGUCAGAUUACCAUUAAACCUUUAAUGCUCAACAGUUUUAGUAACCAGAUUAGAUCAGUGAUUCAAUUUUGAAAGUAUUUUUAAAUAUACUCAGCUUUGUUGUAGUUCUCUAGUAGUCAUCUGAUUUUACUUCAAAUGGAAAAAUAGAAAAUACAUGUGCUGAAGUGAGAAUUUUGUAUAAUACAGAAUUAUUAAUAUAUUUGUUUGUGCAUUUAAUUUUUCUUUUAUAAUGUUGUCAAAUGAAUGUGUGAUUGUAGAAUCUCAGUGUUAUGUGUGAUAUUUUUUCUCAGUUCUAGAGAAGGUGGAACUGAGGAAAUUUUGUGUGAUCUUUUUAAUGAAUUUUUCAUUAAAUGUGACCUGUAUCAGAUCUUAAUAAAUGAAUAUAUAAAUGGACUGCUUGUGCAAACAAUACCAAUAAAAUAUAUGGUGUUCAUAAA